AUGUUAAUACCGGCGUUACUCUUAUUGACUGUUUUAGUGCUUACUUUUAGUCAUUACUUUGGCAAAUACAACGAAAGCUACUGGAAACAACGUGGUGUUGCCUUUUAUUCGAGGAAUAAAAUCAUCGGUCCAUUAUGGGACUUUAUUUUCGGCAAGCAGGCGUUUUUUGAAAUACUCGCUGAUAUUUACAAAAAAUACCCUGAUGCACCUGUCGUCGGUGUUGGUUCUGUAAGUGCUCCAACUGUGCUUGUCAGAGAUGCUACAAACAUACGAUACAUUUUGCAAGUGGAUUUUGAAUCCUUCUAUCACAGAGGACUUGAAGUACAACCGGGAGACCGAUUGGCUGAUAGUGUUCCGUUUUUAAACGGAAAGCGGUGGAAACUAAUACGGCAAAACCUGACCCCGUUAUUCAGUCUUGUUAAACUUAAGACUAUGUACAGUGUUAUGGAUAAAAGUGCUCAAGACUUCGUUAAAUAUUUAAAUGAUCACCCAGAGAAGUUAAAAGGAAAUGCUUUUGAAACCCUUUCUACUUUCUGUAGUGCAGCAAUUUCCGCUUCAAUAUUUGGUAUUACUACAGAGUCCAUCUUUGAUUCACCUUUUCUUCGCAUGGCCCAAAAUGCAGUCGUGCCAACAUUUUGGUCAAAUUUAAGGUUUUCACUUUUACUCAUCAGUCCGUGGUUAUUCCGGAAGCUAAAAUUAGCGUUAUUUGCAGAGCAUGAAACAUUUUUCAUCAAUGCUGUAAAACAGUUGAUACGACAAAGGGAGAAGGAAGGUGUGAAGCAAUACGAUUUUGCAGAUUUAUGCGUUAAUUUACAAAAGAAAGGCGAUAUGAAAGAUGGCGAAACUGGACUCAGUAUUGAGCCCACUGAUGAGCUUAUGGCGGCUCAAGCAUUUUUCUUUUUCAUAGCUGGCGUUGAACCUAGUGCAUUAGCUUUGUAUUGUACGUUAAUUGAACUAGGUCGUAAUCCAGAUGUAUUGAAGCGAGUUCAUGAUGAAAUUGAUGAUAUAUUUAAGAAGUAUAAUAACACUCUAACCUAUGAGAGCCUGUCUGAUGCGAAAUAUCUAGAGAUGGUUCUCAAUGAAGGCCUGAGACUGUAUCCUCCUCUUGGUAUACUGGGAAGACAAUGUGUAAAAGAUUCCGUGCUACCCGUUGGAAAUAUAAAAAUAGAGAAAGGAACAAAAAUAUUACUGAGUCCAUUCGAAGUUCAUCGUGAUCCGAAAUUCUUCCCGGAACCUGACAAAUUUAUUCCGGAGAGAUUUGCAAAUGAAUCUAAAGCGAUGACUGAUCAUGUAUAUAUGGCCUUUGGGAAAGGAAGUAGGGUCUGUAUCGGAGAAAGGUUCGCCCGAAUACAAAUAACGACUGGUUUUAUAUAUCUACUUCGAUACUUCACAGUGAAAACUCACGUUGAAGGUGGUGAGAUUAAGUAUAAGAAAGAACAAUUUCAAGUUAGACCCUCAAAUGCUGCUCUAGAAUUCAUACCAAGGAAUAUCAAAAACGCAAAUUAA